UUUCAUAGUAAGAAGGGAAAUUUGUUAAACGCGCAUGAGCAGAAAUGGAAAGCGUAGUUGCGCGGGUCUCGUAGCCGAUAGGUAUCGGUGGUUGUAAUAGGUGGCAAGAGUGGGGAGCAGGGAGGAUAGAGCCAGCGGCGAAAGGUGGGAGUGAGAUAGUGAGUGGCGGGGGGAAAGAGAGAGAGUGGGAGAGAGUGAGGUGACGGUUAAGAAGGAGAGGUGCGUGCUCCGAGGUGUCGCGCGGUCGACAUAGAGAAGUAGUGGGGAUGUUACUCCGCGCGAGAAACGGAUCCCGCGGCAGUACGUCGGCGUAGCUCGAGCGGCUCGGAGCUGGUCGGUCCGAGGGAAUUAAAUUCGUCCAUCGGUCUUUGACCCACGACUAAGGCUUUUUUAAACAUAUCAAGUAGCGCGCUUAUCACAGGAAUCUUUGGUUGUUUUUUUUUUUUUCCCCUAAAACAAGUACAAUUAAAUCAAUCGAGUUUAACGGGAUUGUUGUCAGUGUGUUUGUACGUAACAACGACGCGAUAGUGGUGUUGGUGUUAAAGGUUUAUACGAAUUUUUAUCUUUUUUCUUUUUUUCUAUCCUAUUCCUUUUCUUCCUUCCUUUCCUUAUUUCUUUAUUUCGUUUUCCUAUCAUUUUCUUUUUUUCAAUCCUUUAUUUCAAUCUUUCCCUCUCUCUCUCUUUUUCUCUCUCUCUUUCUCUCUCUUUCUCUCCCUUUCUCUUUUAUAUAUAUAUAUAUAUAUAUAUAUAUAUAUACAUACACACACUCUUCAUCUUCCUCAGCAUCAAUCGAGCUUUACAACCCUUUGGGAGAAAAGCAAGCGCUCGCGUACAUAACCUGUACGUCCAAUGAUUCUCCCUCAGUUUUUCGCUUUGUUGUUACAAGGGGCCGAUUACACAUUGGUUUACGAUGUUCCUUGAUUAUUAUUCAAUAUAUUACGAGAUUAUUUUCAUUUGGUACAUUUAUUAUUCAGUGAAAGAUAUUGAACAUCGAAGUUAAGCCAAGUGUAUUUAAGACGAAGGAGAAAGAGAAAGAGAAGGAGGAAGGGGUGGAAGGAGACGAAGAGGAAGAAGAGAAAGAGGAAGAGGAUAAGGAAGAAGAAGAAGAAGAAGAUAGGACCAGUAUCAGAACUCACCACCAUAACCACCACCACCACCACCACCACCACCACCACUAUCAUCAUCAUCAUCAUCAUCAUCAAUACCGUACCUGUUAUCUCAUCUUUAUUGAACACCAUCGUCAUUAUAAUUAUCAUCGUCGUGAUCAUCGUCACGCUAAGCGCAAGAAAAGCAUACGUCGUGUGUGUCCACGGCCUAGUGACCUGACCUUGAGUCGGCCCGACCAGGAAUUUCAAGAAUGUGAACGAUCAAACUUAAUGCAAAUGCCCAACAAGGCACGGCCUCGUCGUGAGUGGUCUACCCUGUCCCCCAUAGAUGUCUUGUGGAUGCCCCGCUCCGCCAUGAGGCCGGCCGAGGGCGACACAUCGGAUUGCAUAUUAGUUGUCGGUAUUUCAAGGCCAAAGAUGGCCGCGGCAUUUCUCUCGGUCGCCCUAUUGUCCCUCUUCCUAACAUUCCACGUACUUUAUGACAGCGCAGUUUACAGUUUACACGCAGCCUCGGCAGUAGAAGGACGUGCGGUUGAAUUGGUAUCCCAGGUUCGUGCAACCCCACCACUUUUGUUCUCCAGUAAGGUCCAUUAUCCGCGUACGAGCCGUCAUUUACCACAAGCUAUCAUUAUUGGCGUGAGGAAAUGUGGAACGAGGGCGUUGUUAGAGAUGCUUUACCUUCAUCCACAAAUACAAAAGGCAUCCGGCGAGGUACAUUUCUUUGAUCGUGACGAUAAUUACGGGAAGGGACUCGAAUGGUAUCGUAGGAAAAUGCCCUAUUCCUUUAAAGGUCAAAUUACCAUCGAGAAGAGCCCAAGUUAUUUCGUUACGCCAGAGGUACCAGAGAGAAUACGAGCCAUGAACGCCAGCGUAAAGUUAUUAUUGAUCGUGAGAGAACCCGUUACCAGAGCCAUAUCGGAUUACACUCAAUUACGUAUCCAUGCUGCUACUGCUUCGACCUUGAUUAGCAACAGCAAUAACAACAAUAAUAAUAAUAAUAACAAUAACAACAACAACAACAACAACAGCAAUGGCACCUCGUCGUCACGUAACAACUUUAUCAACAAUCAACUAUCCCAACAAGUUCAGGCAACCCGUACCUUCGAGGAAUUGGUGAUACGUCCUGAUGGUACCAUCAACGAAUCCUACAGGCCAGUCGCCAUUUCGCUCUAUCACACUUAUAUGCACCGUUGGUUAGAGGUAUUUACAAGAGAACAAAUAUUGGUUGUGAACGGUGAUCAAUUGAUCGAAGAUCCAGUUCCGCAAUUGAGAAGGAUCGAGAAUUUUCUAGGUUUAGAACCGAGAAUAGGUAGGCACAAUUUUUACUUCAAUCACACUAAGGGCUUCUAUUGUCUAAGAAACGAAACGUCGGAAAAAUGUUUGAGAGAGAGCAAAGGUCGUAGACAUCCAAGAGUCAGUCCGGUUGUUGUCACCAAACUUAGAAGGUUCUUCAACGAACAUAAUCAACGCUUUUACGAACUCGUUGGCGAAGAUCUCGGCUGGCCCGAGGAAUAGCCAUCGUAGAUAUUUUCGAUUUAAUGUUCGUUCUUUGAUUAUUUACAACGUGUUCUCUCUCUCUCUCUCUCUCUCUCUCUCUCUCUCGCUCUCUCUUUUUCUUCUUUUUUUCUUCUUUCUUUUCAUAUUUAAUUGAACGCUAUCGUCUAAUUGCGAUAAUCUAAUUACGGUAUAUAUGUAUAUAUAUAUCGUAUAUCUGUUAUCAUGUUCUCUAUAAGUCGUUUUAUAAAAGAUCAAUGAAACAAAAGUCAAUCCGUCUUGUCGGAGCUUUAAAAUUUUUAAGAUCGUAAGAGAAAGAACAUCGUCAUAGGUAUGUAUUAUCUGUAUGACAAAAUUAUAAAGCGUUCAUCGAUCGAUUCAAAAGAUGUAAUUUCUCGCUGGCGAGGAAAAAAAAACGAACGCUGUAAAUAAAUAAUACUUAUCGUGUGACGAUAGUUAUCGAACGAUCUCGUUGAUCGUAAACGAGAGUACGUGAUAAGUUUCGAGAGAAAAAAAAAAAAAAAAAAAAAAGAAAAGAGAGGAAUCUCCGAUUCGAAGAUGGACGACAUCACGUGACCGUAUUCACGUGACCAAUCUAUAGAGCCACGUGACUUUUAUUCCGAUCCCACGAACCAGAACGGCGUUCGCCAUUUUCACAUUCAUCCAAAGACAUAAUUCUAAUGUGCGGCGUAUCUGAUCGUCACGUUGACAAAAUGAGAUUCUUUUUCUUUCCUUUUCUUUUUUUUUUUUUGAUUGAUAAUUUGAAAAAAGAAAAAAGGAAAAAUAAUGAAUCGCAUCGAGUUCAUUCUAAAAAGAAACUAGCCAAACUAAUUAAUUAACAUACAUGGUUAUGUUGUACGAGAAGAUUCCGACAAGAUGGACGACACGUCACGUGACCAAAUAAACCAUAUGAUUCGGACGCCAUAAUGACGUCCAUCUUAACGUUCAUUCAGACCAUGACGUAGUGGACUUUUUUUCAUUGAUUAAUUCAAUAAAAAGAAAAAAAGAAAAGAAAAACAGGAAAAACGAAAAAGAUCAAAGAAAAAGUGGGAGAGAGAGAGAGAGAGAGAAAGAGAAAGAUAGAGAUAUAGAGUGAAAGAGAAAGAGAGAAACGUAAUUUUUAAUCAAGAACGAACGUUGGGGUCAGGAUUAAAUACUUCCAUCAUACUUUGACAUUGGUGGUAUCAAAAAGAAAAGAAAAAAAAAAAGAAGAAAAGAGAAAGAAAAAAAAGAAACAAUACGGUGCUAAUGUACUUCCUACGAUGAUCCUUCGAAUAUUUUUAUUUUUCUUUUUCAUCUUUUUUUCUUUUUUUUUUUUUUUUUGUUCUCUCCUUUACACUUCUCCAACCGAGCGUAUAUAAAUACGAUUAAUAUUGAAGGAUUGAAAGUGUUCGUCACGAUUUCGUGUUCGAUUCAGAGAUUUCAUAUAAUUUUUCUACAUCACUAUCACCCCAUCCCUCAAUAUGCAUAUCAUUUCUUCCUUAUCACACGCUUACAUCUUUCCACGAUCGUUUCAAAAAUUAACACUUAAAUGAAUUUAAUUUAAUUGAAAUCGUAUUACUCUGUUAAUGCAUUACAUUUUCGCGAAAUUUUUCAAUCGGGAAUGAUUAAUUAUUGGUAAAAGAAAAAAAGAAAAGAAACAAAUUACGAAUAGGGGAUUGCUGCAGUUGGAGGAAAAAAAAAGAAGAAAACAAAAAAAAAAGAAAAGAGAACAAAAAUUAUAUAUAUAUAUAUAUAUAUAUAUAUAUAUAUAUAUUUAGUUAGAAAACGAUUGAGGAUUAAAAUUGUGAGUGGCUCGUUUGAGAAACUUGUUAAAAGCUGUAGAACACGCGCCGUUAAAUCGAGGAUAUGCGAUUUAACUAAUCUGGGAAACUGAUCUAGGAAAAGCAGAAAGAGACAGAGACAGAGUUAGAGAUAGAGAUAGAUAUAGAUAUAGAGAUGGAGUUGGAGACGGAGAUGGAGAAUGCUGGAUAAAUGGCAGCCAUCUUUGCACUGGCGCCAUUAUUAUCAGUGAAUCUCGACAAAUCCUCUUUCUUUCUCUCUCUCUCUCUCUCUCUCUCUGUCUGACUCCUUGACUUUCAACAUGAACGAAUAGCAAUGAGAAAGCAAACAAAAUUUUCUCUCAGUUUCGUUAAAUCGUCUACGUAAAUGCAUAAAA